UAAUUUAUUGUACCCCCACCUCUCCUCUCUUAUUUUUGUUCAAAGUCAAUCCCCACCCACAAAGAUAUGUUAAAAAAACUGAGCAGAAGAGUCAAAACCAUAGUCACCAAGCCUUUCAAGAAACCCAAAAAACCUUAUAUAACCCCCCAACCCAGAUCACCAUCUCCACCCCCUUCACUACAGCCACCUGCCAUGUCGACUCCGGAACAAGUGAUGCCGCAGCUUCACGGGCGAUCGACUUCUACAUUUCUGUUCCCACGAACCCAAUCAAAGGUUCUCCCUGACCCUUCCCUUUUCUUCUCUCCAGCUCUCCUGUCCAACCCUCUCCCUACCAAUUCGUUCUUUCAAAAUUUCACUCUGAAAAAUGGUGAUCAGCCUGAAUACAUACACCCUUAUCUCAUCAAAUCAUCUAGCUCCUCUGUUUCUGUCUCGUACCCAUCUCGUUUUCACAAUUCUUCGUUCGUUUAUCAAGUUUUUGUGGCUGAUCUUACAAUCUCUGCAUCUAACAAGGAUGCGCAGAGAAGCCAUAUUGUCUCUUCUUAUAGUGAUCUUAGUGUCACUUUGGAUAUACCCUCUUCGAAUCUUCGCUUUUUUCUUGUUCGAGGAAGCCCGUUUGUGACUUGUUCGGUCACUGGCGGUACUCCUGUAUCAAUUUCGACGAUACAUGCGAUUCUCUCGUUUUCUUCAAAUAGUUCUCGCACAAAGUACACUGUGAAGCUAAAUAGCAACCAGACUUGGCUUAUAUAUUCAUCUGGGCCUGUGAAUUUGAGUCAAAACGGUCUUUCUCUGAUCAAUUCUGAUGCGUUUUCAGGCAUUAUUCGGAUUGCAAUUCUGACGGAAGAUGGUUCAAAGUUUGAAGCGAUUCUUGAUCGGUUCAGUUCUUGCUACCCAACAUCAGGUGAUGCAGUUUUUACUAAACCAUUUUGUUUAGAGUACAAAUGGGAAAAGAAAGGGUGGGGUGAUUUGCUUUUAUUAGCACAUCCUCUUCAUUUAAAGCUUUUGUCAAAUGAUGAUUGUGAUGUAACUGUUUUAAAAGAUUUUAAGUAUAAAAGCAUAGAUGGUGAUCUUGUUGGUGUUGUGGGAGAUUGUUGGUUACUGAAACCAGACCCUAUUUCAGUGACUUGGCAUUCCAUUAGAGGGGUCAAGGAACUAUCAUUUGCUGAAAUUAUUCCUGCACUUUCUAAGGAUGUUGAUGAUCUGAAAACAACCCCAAUAACAACAACAUCGUCGUACUUUUAUGGCAAAGCGAUUGCAAGAGCGGCAAGGCUGGCAUUGAUAGCUGAGGAGGUUGGGUAUGUAGAGGUGAUUCCAAAGAUUAAGGAUUUCUUGAAGGUGUCAAUUGAGCCAUGGUUGGAUGGAACUUUUAGCAGCAAUGGUUUUCUGUAUGAUGGACAUUGGGGGGGAAUUGUGACCAAACAGGGGUCAUUGGAUUCUGGUGCUGAUUUUGGGUUUGGAGUGUACAAUGAUCAUCAUUAUCAUCUUGGUUACUUUCUUUAUGCCAUUGCAGUGCUUGCAAAGAUUGAUCUAGCAUGGGGAAGGAAGUAUAGGCCUCAAGCUUAUUCAAUGAUGGCAGAUUUUAUGAACUUGGGUAGGCGAUCUAAUUCGAGUUAUCCGCGUUUGAGGUGCUUCGACUUGUACAAGUUACAUUCUUGGGCUGGUGGGUUAACUGAAUUUGCCGAUGGCAGAAAUCAAGAAAGCACUAGUGAAGCAGUCAAUGCGUACUAUUCAGCAGCACUUUUGGGGUUAGCUUAUGGAGACACUCAUCUUGUUGCCACUGCUUCAAUUCUAGCGGCAUUGGAGAUUCAAGCAGCACAAACAUGGUGGCAUGUAAGGGAUGAUGAUACUAUCUAUGAAGAAGAUUUCACCAAAGAGAAUAAGGUGGUUGGUGUACUGUGGUCAAACAAGAGGGACAGUGGACUUUGGUUUGCUCCUCCUGAAUGGAGAGAGUGUAGACUUGGGAUUCAGCUGCUACCCAUAUUGCCAAUCUCAGAGGCUUUGUUCUCUGAUGUUGGGUUUGUGAGGGAGCUUGUGACAUGGACACUGCCUGCUUUGCAAAGAGAAGGGGUUGGAGAAGGGUGGAAAGGAUUUGUGUAUGCACUGGAAGGGAUUUAUGACACAGAGCGUGCUUUGGAGAAGAUUAGGAACUUGAAAGGGUAUGAUGAUGGAAACUCACUAACUAAUCUGUUAUGGUGGAUUCAUAGUAGAGGCUAUGGUGAGGGAUAUGAAGGUGGAGGGAAACUCUGCUGGUUUGGUGACUAUUGCCAUUGAUAUUGUUAAGCCUUAUAAAAUGAUAUAUGCAGCAUGAAUAAUAGCAAAUAACGGGUUUUACUGCCUCUUCUUUUGGUCAUACAGGAUUUGUUGCUUUCUUUACUUUUUUUCUUUAUGUAAUAAUGAAUCCACUUGUUAUUUAUAAACUCUCUGUUCCCUUGA